AUGACGCCAAAAAAGCAACCGUCAAUAAACCAGUUCUUUUCAAGUCAGAGGCCAAAGAGCUCAAAUGAUGAUGAUUCAUUAAAGUCGAGUCCAGCGCAGCAAUCGUAUUCCAAUGGUAUAGACAAGUUUCAAUUUGUUGAAGGCCAAGUUGCACCUGAGGUGUCUAAAGUACAACAUCAGUUAGGUGCUCCAAUAUCACCCACUACCGGAACAGAAACACCCAAUACGUCCCCAUCGCCAGCCAGUCCUUCGACUUCAAAUAUUCUCGAGAGUUUCCACUAUGUUAAGAAUUCCACUGUGGCACCAUCAACUACUAAACGCGAAGCAGCAAUCUCGUUGACCAAUCACAAACCUAAGAAACAGCGUGUCACCAAGCUCACACCUUUGGAAAAUCAGAUUUUGGAACUCACUGAGCUUCACCCUGACAAGAUACUUCUAAUUCAAGUAGGUUACAAGUACAAAGUUUUUGGUGAGAAUGCAAAACACGUUUCGAGGUGUUUAAACAUUAUGUAUGUACCUAACACCGAUCCUCGAUUUGCAUACUGCUCUUUCCCUGAUAACAGACUCCAUAUCAAUUUGCAACGAAUAUUGAAUAGCGGAGUUAAGGUUGGAAUUGUCAAACAGAUGGAAUCAGCAAUUAUCAAGGAGAUUGACAAAGUUGGCAAAAGUGGUGACUUGAUGAGGCGUGAAGUGACUGGAGUAUACACGAAAGGAACCUAUAUGAGUGAUGAGUUUGUUGGAAGCAAUUUAAUACCAAAUUCUGUUGAAGAGGAGCAUAACAAUUACAUUGUGUGUAUCAAUGAAGUGACGGAUCGAGAAUUUGUCGUUGUUGCUGUACAACCCUUGACCGGUGAAAUCAUUUAUGACGUUUUUACUGAUGACGUAAGUCGAGAGGAAAUGGAAACACGAUUGUUAUAUCUUCGACCCAGUGAAGUUGUUGUCAUCAACAAGGAGGAGGAGAUAAAUGCAACGACAAUGAAGUGUUUGAAGCUUGUAAACCACGAGCUUAAAAUUGAACAUCGCAAAGUCGAACAUGUACGAUUUGAUGACUAUCUCAACUUGGACAUGAUUGACUACUAUCUGCAAAAUUUCCCGAUGCUGGUUCAGGAAUGCUUUCAUGAACUUUUAGUAUACUUGGCAGAGUUCAAAUUGAGCAAUGUGUUUACGAUCCCACAAAAUAUCACUACGUUCAAGGAUGCAAGAAAGUACAUGAUUUUACCAGCAAAUACGCUAACGGCAUUGGAGAUAUUCACCAACGAAACUGACCCAAAGUCACCAAGAGGAACGUUAGCAUGGCUUUUAAAUCAUACGAGAUCUAAAUUCGGGCAUCGGUUGUUAAAUAAAUGGAUUUCUAGGCCAUUGGUUGACCGAGAAAAGAUUGAAGAGCGAUACGAUGCCGUAGAGGAACUAGGACGGGGAUUUAAUCACGUAGUUGAUUCACUAAUGACGCAAUUGGAGAAGAUUGGCAAAACGUUAGAUAUGGAAGAAUUGCUCAUCAAGAUACAUUAUUCUGCGACAACUCAAUCAACGAGGGUCAAUAGAAAGCAGAUAUUCCUCUUGCUACAAAGCUUUAAUGAUUUAUUAAAGAUGGUGAAACUGUUUGCCAAGACAAUACGAAGCCCAAGUUUAAAUUUGACAUCGCCAUUAAUUGUCAAUAUGUUGAACGAUUUGCUUGAGCUGGCGGAGACGGGCAUUGUAGAGAAAUUCAUCAGCGUGAUUAACCCAUCCUAUUUGUUUAAUGAACUGAAGGAUCCAUUUGAGCAAAAAACGAGCUUUUUCGAUUUACGUCACGGUUAUGACGAUAUCAAUCACGAGUUUGCUGAAAUUAAAAAUGUGGAGCAUUUACUUGAUGAAGAAUUGGUUAGAGUUAGACAAUUGUUGCAACGACCUCAACUCAACUAUGUCACCAGUAAUCGAGAGCCAUAUCUCAUUGAAGUGAGAAAUGGCAAAGCUGUUAAUUCAUUGCCGCCUACAUUCAUCAAGAUUAAUGGAACCACUUCAGUGAGCCGAUUUAGAAACAAGGAAAUUUCAAAUCUAUACAAGCUAAAACAAUAUCAUGAAGAAAUGUUGGUGCAGCGAUGCGAUGAAGCAUUUGUUGAAUUUUUACAAAAUUUGGAUUCACAAUAUGGGUUUCUCCAAAAAAUCGUCAAACAUUUGGCAACUUUGGAUUGUCUACUUUCCAUAACUGCUGCCAGUGUGCUCAAUAACCAAGCAAGACCAUUAUUGACUGAUGAUUUGGUAAUUGAUGUUAAGCAAGCACGACAUCCAAUUAUUGAGCAGUUGAGAGAUGGGUAUGUGGCCAACGAUAUUGAUAUCCAGUACGACACCAAUCGUGCAUUGAUCAUAACUGGGCCAAACAUGGGUGGAAAGUCCUCAUAUGUGAAAAUGGUUGCCUUAUUCACCAUCAUGACUCAAAUUGGUUGUUACUUGCCUUGUCAAUCGGCAACAAUGGGUAUCUUUGACUCGGUGUUUAUUCGUAUGGGUGCUAGUGACAAUAUUCUCAAGGGUAAUUCGACUUUUAUGACGGAAAUGUUGGAGUGCAGCAAUAUUAUUCACCGUCUAACUCCCAGAUCAUUGGUGAUUUUGGAUGAGAUUGGAAGGGGUACAGGCACCACUGAUGGGAUUGCAUUAGCGUAUGCCAUUUUGAAAUACUUCAUUGAAUCGGAAUUGAAACCAUUACUUUUAUUUAUUACUCACUACCCUUCGAUUCACAUUUUGGAACAUGAGUAUCCGGGAGAAGUUGUCAAUUAUCAUAUGGGAUUUGAAGAGGUUGACAAGGGAAGUGGUAAAUUCCCUGAAGUUAUAUUCUUGUACAAUUUGUGUCGUGGUGUCGUUGGUAAUUCGUAUGGGUUAAACGUUGCUAAAUUGGCAGGAAUCCCUGAACAAGUUAUUGCCAAUGCAUAUAAAGUGAGUGAAGACUUGAAACAUGAAAUUGAAUUGGAUGAUGAUUUGGAAUUGCUCAAGUCGGUGCAGUCAGUGGUCAAGGGGGAUGACGCUGAUGUAUCUAAUUUAUUAAAGUAUGUAAAUUGA